UUCUUCCGUGCCUGUGUACACACACUGCUGGGGAUUGCAUAGGAAUGUGCACUGGAGGAACUUGAAGUUUCGGGUAAAGUGAUCCCUCUAUAACACAACAUCCUGCAGCCCAUAUAUCAGCAUUACACAGCACUUCUGCUUAUGGCCAGAGGGAGCUUGCACUCACAGCCUGGGAGAUUAGGGAGGGGAGUGUCCCAGAUCUCUGUUUGUCUGGAACACAAAGUUCAUUAAGUGAGAGAGGUCGGGAUAGGAACAGUGUGGGAAACGACUGUAGACAACGUUGUCACCGGCAGAGCCUUGAGUUCACCGCGAUGGAGAUGACAUCAGAAUGGCGUCGCAAAAAUUGGGUUCCUGUUCGAGGUGUACCCAUCAUCUGCCCCUUCACCCCAGACUGGAAGCGGAUUGAUGAUUUCCAGGCCAGGGAAGAUGAUAUUGUCAUAUCCACUUACCCCAAGUCAGGCACCACUUGGAUGAGUGAGAUUGUGGAUGUCAUCCUCAGCGAUGGGGACACAGGGAGGAGCGCCAGGGAUGCCAUAUUCCACAAGGUCCCGAUGCUGGAGAUGUGUGUGCCCGGCGUGGUGCCCCCAGGAUCCCAGAUAUUAGAAUCUCUACCUUCUCCUCGUGGGGUCAAGACCCAUCUGCCUGUCUCGCUCAUUCCAAAGUCAUUCUGGGAAAAGAACUGCAAGAUUAUCUAUGUGGCGAGGAACCCUAAGGAUGUGGCUGUGUCGUACUAUCACUUCGAUAAAAUGAACUACAUGCAUCCAGACCCAGGAACCUGGGAGGAGUAUCUUGAGAAGUUCCUUCAAGGAAACGUUGGCUUUGGGUCCUGGGGCGCUCAUGUAAGGGAGUGGUGGGGCCUGAAACAACAACGAAAUCUCCUGUACAUAUUUUAUGAGGACAUGUUAGAAGACCCAAAGCGCGAAAUCAAGAAAGUAACCAAGUUUCUGGGGAAAGAUUUCUCUGAUGAGGUGCUGGAGAAGAUCUGCCUACAUACCUCCUUCAAGGCCAUGAAAGAGAAUCCAGCUACGAACUACACAAUGAUCUCAUCCACCAUUAUGGACCAGGCAGUCUCUCCAUUCAUGAGGAAAGGAAUCUGCGGAGACUGGAAGAACCAUUUCACCGUGUCUCAGAGUGAGAGGUUUGAUGAGUAUUACCGGAGGGAGAUGUCUGGCACCGAUCUGUCCUUCCGCUUUUAGGACUGGGAAGGCUUAAGCUUUAUGGCCUCCCAUUCUGUGUACCGGCAAAUGUACAGUAUCUGUGUCCAGUACAGAGCAAGCUGGGACAUACACACUGUCAUAUCGUGACGCCACAGUACAGCACAAUGACCGUACAAGACGCAGCACAGUGACCCUACAAGACGCAGCACAGUGACCCUACAAGACGCAUCACAGUGACCCUACAAGACGCAUCACAGUGACCCUACAAGACGCAGCAGAGUGACCCUACAAGACGCAGCAGAGUGACCCUACAAGACGCAGCAGAGUGACCCUACAAGACGCAGCACAGUGACCCUACAAGACGCAGCACAGUGACCCUACAAGAUGCAGCACAGUGACCCUACAAGACGUAACACAGUGACCCUACAAGACGCAGCACAGUGAUCCUACAAGAUGCAGCACAGUGACCCUACAAGACGCAGCACAGUGACCCUACAAGACGCAGCACACUAACCCUACCAGACGUAGCACAGUGAUCCUACAAGACGCUGCACAGUUACCCUACAAGACACAGCACAGUAGCAGUGACCCUACAAGACGCAGCACAGUAACCCUACCAGACGUAGCACAGUGACCCUACAAGACGCAGCACAGUUACCCUACAAGACACAGCACAGUAGCACAGUGACCCUACAAGACGCAGCACAGUAACCCUACCAGACGUAGCACAUUGACCCUACAAGACGCAGCACAGUUACCCUACAAGACACAGCACAGUAGCACAGUGACCCUACAAGACGCAGCACAGUAACCCUACCAGACGUAGCACAUUGACCCUAGAAGACAUAGCACAGUGACCUUAGAGCAGCACAGUGACCCUGCAAGACGUAGCACAGUGACCCUGCAAGACGUAGCACAGUGACCCUGCAAGACGCAGCACAGUGACCCUGCAAAACGUAGCACAGUGACACUACAAGUCGUAGCACAGUGACCCUACAAGUCGUAGCACAGUGACCCUACAAGACGCAGCACAGUGACUCUACAACACGCAGCACAGUGACCCUACAACACGCAGCACAGUGACCCUACAAGACACCUCAUGGUGAUCUAUAGCACACUCUAGUUACAUGAGGAAAGGCAUUUACAUCAGCAUCAUGCCAGACUGUAUCACAAUCUCAAUUGCAUGAGACACAGGGGGAGAUGUGUCAAACUUUCUCAAAAGGUAGCAACCAAUCAGCUUCCAACUAUCAUUUUAUACAAUACAUUGUAGACAGAAGAACAUUGAUUGCUAUGGUCAACUUCUCUACUUGUCCUUUUAAGAAAACUUGAAAUAUCCCCACAACUACAUAUAAACCCAAGUAUUAUAUACUUGAUCACAGUCCCCGACCUCAAGAGACACAGUGGCACCCCACCACAGUCCCCGACCUCAAGAGACACAGUGGUAUCCCACCACAGUCCCCGACCUCAAGAGACACAGUGGUACCCCACCACAGUCCCCGACCUCAAGAGACACAGUGGUACCCCACCACAGUCCCCGACCUCAAGCGACACAGCGGUACCCCACCACAGUCCCCGACCUCAAGAGACACAGCGGUACCCCACCACAGUUCCCGACCUCAAGAGACACAGUGGUACCCCACCACAGUCCCCGACCUCAAGAGAUACAGAGGGAACCCCAUCACAGUCCCCGACCUCAAGAGACACAGCGGUACCCCAUCACAAUCCCAGACGUCAUGAUACACAGUGGCUCCCCAUCACAGUCCCAGGCCCCAUGAGACUCAGUGGGGUCUCAUCACAGUCCGAGAUCUCAUGAGACACAGUGGGGUCUCAUCACAGUCCCAGGCCUCAUGAGAAACAGUGGCACCCCCACCACAGUCCCAGGUCUCAUGAGACACAGUGGCACCCCCACCACAGUCCCAGGUCUCAUGAGACACAGUGGCACCCCCACCACAGUCCCAGGCCUCAUGAGACACAGUGGCACCCCCACCACAGUCCCAGGUCUCAUGAGACACAGUGGUACCCCACCACAGUCCCAGGUCUCAUGAGACACAGUGGCACUCCACCACAGUCCCAGACGUCAUGAUACACAGUGGCUCCCCAUCACAGUCCCAGGCACCAUGAGACUCAGUGGGGUCUCAUCACAGUCCGAGAUCUCAUGAGACACCAUGUUGAGACACAGUUAUGCCGCUAUCAGAACUCAGUUCUCCGGAGACUCACUGACACAAUCAUUACAGUGUCCCUUCUUUCAGGACACAAUGGCAUCUCAUUACACCUCAUUACAGUCACAUAUCUCAUAAAAUAUAGUAACACACCUAUCACAAUAUCGCUACUCAUGUAACAUAGUUAGACCCCUGAGGGAAUUUAAAGUGGCCCUGGGAAAAAAAUAUUGGCCUCAAAUUAACUGUAAUCAGGGCCCACAUAUAAUGUGGACAGGGUUAAAGAAAGUAAAGAAUAAUCACAUUGCCUGAAUCUACCAGUACCCAAAACUUAGACAUGCAGAGAGCAUCCUAGUCACAGAUAUACAAUACAGAGCACAUUGUACCGAGUGCCUCACAAUAUAGCGCAUAGUAGUGAAAAACAUUCAACACAGAGAGCAUCCUAGUGACUGCCAUACAAUAAACAGCACACCCUACUGACCAUCAUACAGUAGAGUAUCCUACUUAAGUCUACAAUACAGAUAGCAUCCCAGUGAACAAUAUACAAUGCAAAGCCUGUUUCAGAGUCACACGUUAUGCUGACGUACACCGGUGAAGGACUUUGUAGUGGCAUUAGCUUAAAAACGCAGACACUAUUGUGGCAAAAGAAACAACUGCGGCCGCAUCCGUUGCAGAAUCAGCCCCUACGUGUUCAGAUACCUCCUAUUGGAAGAACUCAAUUCCCCCUCCUCUAACCACCAUUGUAGAGAACAUAUGGUUUCCAUUUCCAAUACUCCCAACAAAUGUUGCCCUUGGACUCCAUGGGUGGCUGACUACAGAGCUCCCCAUUCACUGUUUUGGUAUCUAGUUAUUUUGUCACCUUGGACAGGCGGCUGGAGCCAUGACUGUUUCAUGGGCAUCCUGCUGGUUACAUUUUCCUACGUAUGCCACUUUCAUAAAUGUGUGAUCCAGUUAA